AUGCAAGAUAGUAGUGGAACGACCUCUGACUUACAAGAAGAGCCGUAUGAUAGUUCGUUAGAGGAAACAUCUCAAACUGAGUCAUUUUUGACUACCUCAGAUGACUUUUCUGAGGAUUCUGAUGAAGACAUAAAUGUAGAUGAAUCAUUAUCUACUACAAUUAUUAAAGAAAUUGAAGAUGGAACUUAUACAUGUUUAGUGUGCACAGGAGAAAUAGAUAGAGACUGCGAGGUCUGGUCAUGUCAGGAGUGCUUUAGAGUUUAUGAUCUUGACUGCAUUAAGGCUUGGGCCCUUAGAGGAUCUUCGACGGAUAAGACUAAUAAGACAUGGAGAUGUCCAUCAUGCAAUACUGCCAUCAGCCAGAUCCCAAAAAAGUUUAGCUGUUGGUGUGGAAAGGUAAAUAACCCAGAAAAGGAUUCAGUUAUACCUUUCAGCUGUGGGAAUCCAUGUACAUUCAAACAUGAAGAUUGUAUUCAUUCUUGCUCCUCUAUUUGUCACCCAGGGAAUCAUCCUACAUGCGGUGCAAUGGGACCGAUAAUGAAGUGCCAUUGUGGAUUAGAAGAGAGACAGCUUCCUUGUUUAAUAACGCCAUACAGCGAUGGUUGGAGGUGUGACAAUGAAUGUUCCGUUUCAUUAUGCGCAUUUGGUCACAGAUGUCCUAGAGCUUGUCAUCUGGGUUUCUGUGGGCCCUGCCAAAAGCAGACUACGGCGAAGUGCUAUUGUGGGAAGGAAGAUUUAUUAUUAGAGUGUAACGAAUUGCGUCCAGAAAAAUGUCUUGAUUGGAUUGGUGUUGGUCAAUGUUCGAAUAAAAGUACCAUAUAUUAUGAUUGCGGCUUACAUUUUGAGACAGUACCAUGCCAGCCCCAGAACAAGGACGUAAAAGAGUGCAGAUAUUCGCCUCUGAAGGUAACUACGUGUUACUGUGGAAACAAUAAAGUCAGUCUAGAGCAUAGAACUAAAUGCACUGAUCCAAUCCCUGAAUGUGAUUCAGUAUGUGGAAAGCCUUUAGAAUGUGGAUGUAAAUGUUUGAUGAAGUGUCAUGCGGGUCCCUGUAUCUGCUUUAAUAUUAUAGAAACUCCAUGCUCGUGUGAGAAUUAUUCAUUUUUAGUCCCCUGUAAAUUCUUGCAGUCUGGUAUGAAGCCUAAAUGUACUCAUAAAUGUUCCGUUUUACUCAACUGCCGAAAGCAUUAUCACAAAGAGGUCUGCUGCGCAUUUGAAAAGCAUGGGCUCAAAAGAGAGAGGUCGAAGAAGAAAGCCCUCAGAAACAAUAUAAGAGCCACAUUUGACGAUGAGCUUAUGUCAAUUGAACCAGUUCAUAUUUGUACUAGACCCUGCAAUAGAUUGAAGUCUUGCAAGAUCCAUUAUUGCGAGGCACUAUGUCACAGCGGGUCAUGCGGAGUGUGUUUGGAAUCUAGUAACGAAGACUUGGUGUGUCAUUGUGGGAAAACAGUCAUUGAAGCUCCUGUUAGAUGUGGUACGAAGCUUGUGUGUCAUGAACAAUGUAAUAGAGAAAAGGAAUGUGGACAUCGCACAGAAAUACAUGAAUGUCACGAUGACUCCGUUAGUUGCCCUAAAUGUACAGCAACGGUAAAGAAACAAUGUAACUGUGGGAAGAAAUCAGAUAUACCUAAUAUAUUAUGCUCACAAACUAAUGUAUCUUGCGGUAAUAUUUGUAAGGAACAGAGGGAUUGUGGUCAUCUAUGCUUAAGAGUUUGCUCAUCCAAAUGCACUAAAGAUAACGACCAUGCUACCUCUAAGACUUGUCAAUCAAUGUGCCACAAAAGAAGACUGAACUGUCCUCAUUUCUGCAGUUUGAGAUGCCAUUCAAACAAGCAAGAUAUGCCCAAGAAUUGUGAUCAAGUUUCCUGUAAAGACCCUGUCAAGAUAAGUUGCAAUUGUGGCCACCUCACGAAAACGGUACCUUGCGGAGCUUCCAUAAAUGAAACAUCGAAAAUAUGCACGGUAUUAUCUUGCACCGAGGAAUGUGCAAAAGCUUUGCGUGAAGAGCAACUAAAGGAAGCAUUCGACUCAUCUGGUGAAUCAUCAUCACAAACCAAAUACCCCGACCUUGUGCUAACUACUUAUGAGAGACAAACGAGAUGGUGCUCAAUUAUUGAAAAUGUAAUGAGAAAUUUCGUAAGCUCAUAUCUUACUCUGAAUGGAAGCACCAAGAGUUCAUAUCACUUCAACUCAAUGAGCAAACCUCAAAGAGCAUUCGUUCAUGAGCUAGCUGCUACCUACAAGUUGUAUUCAGAAUCUCAAGAUAAAGAACCUCAAAGAUCAGUAUUCAUUGUCAUUACUCCUAGAACAAAAUUGACUGAAUUAACAAUUAACGAAGCAAUAUCUAUGAAGCGUAAAAAUAACUUGUCGAUCAAUGUCGAAACCAUAGACAUACCCAUAGAUGAUGAAAAUUUUUUCAAUGCCAUUCUAAUUGAAAAUUUGUUCUUUGGCGUAGUUCGUGAAGAGAUUGAGGAUGAGUUACAGAAAUUGACGGCUACCUAUAAAUUCAAUGAUUCUACUUUACAAUGGAUGCAAGAAGGGAAGUUCGUUUUGUACUCUCCAGGGAAAUAUAAGACCAUCACAGUUGAAGAAGAAAACGAACUCUAUUUAAUGAUGAAAGCCGCGAAGAGAGCUCUUAGAGAUAAAUCAUUGGCUUUUGAUUGUAAGCUUUGCAUGGUGGAUGAUGAUCUCAAUUACAUCUUAAAAACUGAAGGCACCAAAAUUGAUAAACAAAAGCUGCCUUCUUCUCGUGGUACUCCUGUCGAACCACAAAAUUCUUUUCAAGUAUUAGAAGUUGCUGGAUUCGAAUAA